AGAUAUUUAGGAUAAUUAUUUAGUCAUAAUUGACUAAAGUAAAUAUAAAUAUGAAACGAGGUCCUUAUAAUUCACAUUUUGCUUAUGGUGGUGACGCUGUUAUUCCUAAAUCUACAUUUUAUGACAAAUUAGCAAAAUGUCGCCGUGAUGUUACACGUCUUGAUUGUGGUGCACUUCUUCCUGACGAUAAUGAAAAUAUGAAUGCAGUGGACCAAUUGGAUAAUACAGAAAUGUCCAGCAAUAGUAAUUUAUCGCAGAUGGAAGCUAUUGAUGAUAUUAUUUUGCCUCCAACUUGUCAGGACAGUUCAAUUGAAAUAUCUACAGAAUCGGUUUCGUGGAUUCAAGAAGAAUAUGAUGAGGAGACUCUAGAUAGAGAAAUCUGGUUUGAGGCUGAAGACUCACCACCAUCUAAUGAUGAUUAUACGGGUUAUAUGAAUGAGCCUUAUCAGUACUAUGAGAAAAGAAAUGACACUGAUGAAAAUAAUGAUAAAACUCUUUGUGACUGCACAACGAUUACACGAGGAGAAGCUUUAAUGAUGACACUUUUACUCGGAGCAGAAGAAUCGCUGACUUGGAAAGCAAUCACUGCGAUUUUAUCAUUGAUAAAUACAUUGUUUCAAAAUAAUGUAGUUCCGGCGUCAAAAUAUAAAUUAUUUCAGACGUUAAAAUUAAAUGAAGACAUUACAAUUUACCAUCUAUAUUGUGAUGAAUGCUUUCAUUAUUUUGGUGCUAAAAAUAAAUUGGAUAAAGAAGAGUUAGUGUGCCAAAUUUGCAGAAACAAUGGAAAUUCUUCCGAUGUUGCAUACUUUUUAACACUUGACGUCUCUUUGCAGUUACAAUCUAUACUCGAAAACUCUGAAGUUCAAUCCAGCUUAAUGAAGCGUUUUUAUGGCACUGAAGAUAAUAGAACUAGAAAUAAUUUACAAAGUAUGAGUGAUGGCCAGUUGUAUAAAAAAUUAUCUAUUAAUAAUAAUUCUUCCUUCAAUAAAUAUGAUUUUACGUAUACAUUUAAUACGGACGGAUGUCAACCGUCGAAGUCAAGCAAACUCUCUAUUUGGCCAAUAUUUGUUUGUAUUAACGAGUUGCCUCUUAAGUUACAAUCAAAACAUAUGAUCAUGGCCGGAUUAUGGGUCAAUAAAAAAGAACCCGACAUGCUUCUUUUUUUACAACCUUUUGUCGAUCAAGCUAAUAAGCUGUCCGAUGAGGGUGUCAAAUGGAAGUUGGGAGAUGAAUUAAUAACUAGCAAAUUUUUUCCAUUGUGUGCUGUGACUGACUCCGUCGCUAGAUGUAAAAUUUUGAAUAUGAAGCAGUAUAAUGGAACCUAUGGGUGCACCUUUUGCGAACAUCCAACGGAACGUAUUGAUAAUAAUCAAAAAUACACAAUAUCUACGAAUGUUCCAAGAGCUCGAACAGAUGAAUCUAUAAAAGCUCAUAUGAUACAGGCAGGUGAACAUGAAUAUGGCAAGAGUGUAAUAGGUGUGUGGGGUCCAUCACCUUUAAUGAACUUGAAACAUUUCAACUUAGUAGAUGGAAUGUCACCAGAUUACAUGCAUUCCAUCUUACUAGGCGUCAUAAAGCAACACACUGACAUACUGGUAACUUCAUUCGGUGCAGAGUACUAUGUUGGUAGUCCAAACCAACUAGAAGCAAUCAAUACAAAAUUAGGCAGUUUUAAACAUCCUAGCUGUAUAACGCGUUCACCGCGACAGUUGUCUGAAAGAGAAAUGUGGAAAGCAACAGAAUGGCGGUCAUGGCUUCUUUUUUAUUCUUUAAUAUGUCUUAAAGGAAUUUUGCCUCAAAAAUACUUAGAACAUUUGGCAUUACUCGUCGAAGCAGUUCGUAUUCUACUAUGUAGCAAAAUUCAUCAUGUUGAUCUCCAAACAGCUGAGACUUUGAUCGUUAAGUACGUUGUUUUAUAUCAAGAAUAUUUUGGUAAAGCAAAAAUGACCUACAACGUUCAUUUACUUCUCCAUAUGGCUUUGAGCGUUUUAAAUUUAGGACCUUUGAAAUACCACAACACCUUCAUAUUUGAAAAUGAGAAUCAUUUUUUAUUAAAAUUGCGCAAGAGCCCUAAAAAUGUCGGUAUUCAAAUUUCAAGACGAUAUCUAUUCCAAAAAGCUUUAUUGCCAUUGAAAAAUAAAAUUAAGACAAGUGAAGACUUUAUAAAGUUUUGUGAAAAAAAUCUGUCAGGUCGCUUGAAAAAUAGUUUUAAUGUUGAUGGUUGCAUCUUAAUUGGUAAAGGUAAAAAAUAUGUUUUAAAUACCAGAGAACGAGAAAUUUUGAAUAUAACAGCAGAGUGCAAGUCUUUUAAUAGAUUUAUUCAUGACAAUAUACGAUAUACAUCUAAAACUUAUCGCCUUUGUGAAAAAAUAGAUGAUUCAGUAGUAUUAUUAAAAAAUGGUACAGUAGGUAUAAUUCAAAAUGUUUGCUACUUUGAGACUAGUGACAUUGAGAAAAAAAUAUAUAUUUUCUAUGAAGAAGUUGUGUUAAAAGAUAAAUAUUAUUAUUCAUCAGCAAAUGUAACAACUCAUCAUAUUAAAGAAUGUUCGAUAACGGAAAAAUUAAAUUGUUGUGAAAUUGAAAUGAUAUUAAAACCGUGCAUGUUAACGACAAUAGAAAAUAAGCAUUUCGUAAUUAUUAUACCGGAGGGAUGUUACGGAGAUUGAUGUAAAAAAAAAAAAAAAUAAGUUGAUUUAAGUGAUAGAUUAAAUAU